UGGUGUACAAAUGGAGGAUAGGUAAUGAAUGCACCGUUAAAUAUCAAAAUGAUGUCUCUCCCCAAAUGUGUGCAAAUGUAAUUCAAAUAACCAGCAGCGGUUGCCUUCUUUGAAGAAGUGGAAUCUUUAUGCCUUUAUUGCGACUUGGUUAACACUACACUUAAAUUGAGUGUCGUUGCAUUGUUACAGUGUUGCAAAUUGCUCACUAGAUGGCACAAUAACAAAGUCGAUAGAGAAACUGAAUGAGUCUUCUGACAUAAUUUAUUAUAGCAGUUUUGUUAAGUUGGCAAUGCAGCUUCUUAACUUUUACGACAGCAAAUUAGAAUGCACAAGGUUUUGAAUUAUUUACAAAAGUAGGAGCAACUGCAUUUUUCCAGUACGCAUGAUUUUGUAUCCUUUCUGAAAGCAGGAAGCAGCACGCUGUUAAUCGCAGUCAGACAGAUAACAGCAUUUCAUGGGAAGGUCAAUUCAACUGCAUUGUUUACAAAGGUGUUUUGAUUGUGUCUUUCGGUGGCUACAAAUUCAUUCAAACGAAUGUCUGACUUUGGCCCGUGAUCUUGGAUUACCGAUGGACCAACAGCACAAACCCCAUGCUUGGAUGUGAUUCCACCACUGUGAGCCUGAUGUCCAGAGGAGGAAGGACUGGUUCUGAUGGCAGACCAUCUUCCCUCAGGGCUACUGGAAGCGUGUGUUGUUGUCGGAGCCUCUGAGGAUAAACUCAAGGAUGUCUACCAGUCUCUACAGCAGGGCAACAGCACAACAGACCUUAUUUUAGACCCAGAGGUCUUGCAAGUCCACGUACCUCCGUUUGUGACCAAAGAGAAUGCAGAUGAGUCUGGUGUCCCCAGAACCCUCAGUAGAGUCCAGUGCAGACGGUCCUUCAUCAAGAAGAAGGAGAGGCUAGUGGUGGCUCCUAGUGGCCCUGGAGGGGCCGGGAGCAGUGAGGGGGCCACUGUCACGGAGGAUGUCAGCGUCCCCAAGGACAUCGACCUCAUGGCCCUGCCCCAACUCUGCUUUCCAGGGGGGCUUCAAGUAACAAAUGAACCAAAAGAAGAGCGUUUUCACUUUCUAGUCUUCACGGAUGUGUUCGGUAACCAAACCCAUGGAGUGGUUGUUCAGUGUUGUAGACCAUUUCAGGAAGGGUCAGUGUUCUAUCAGAAUGGACACUGGUCGUCCACCAGGACCACUAAGCUCUACACUGCUUUUGCCAUCUGUGUCAUAUCCAAGCAUCCUUAUUACAAUGCUCUGAAGGACUGUCUGUCUUGUUUGCUGGUGCAGCUUAGAACAUGCAGGUUGUCUGAAGAGAGGGUGAAGGAAUUUGCAGCCAAACUGUCUCUAGUGCCCAUUCCACCCCCUGGACAACUACAUGUGGUGUUCAACCUGAGACCCCUGAUGAUCGUACUGCCUUCCAGAGAGGAUAAGGAACACCCCGCUGUAGACCUGGAUCUCCAUUUGCCCUUCCUGUGCUUUAGAUCCAAACAGAUUUUACAGAUCAUCACUGGUAUUCUGAUGGAGCAGAGGGUAGUGUUCUUCUCAGCUGACUGGUCCCGCCUCACCCUGGUGGCAGAGUGUUUCAUGUUCUACAUCCACCCCCUCCACUGGCAGCACCCCUACGUGCCCAUCCUCUCAGCCCAGAUGCUGGACUUCGUCAUGGCCCCCACCGCCUUCCUCAUGGGCUGCCACCUCAACCACUUUGAGGAGGUCGCUGCGGAAACAGACGACCUGAUCUUGAUUAAUAUUGAUGAUGGAACAGUGUCUUCUUCCUGCUCAGAGACUGUCGACCUACCAGAUGUCCCCUUCAUUUCGGCAGAGUGUUUUACCAAGCGGAGGAAGGGCCUCCAGCUACAACAUGAUCUAGAGGUGUGUCACCAAGGGGCCGGCUCAGACGUUAAUGAGAUGCGCAUGCUGAGGAGACAAUGGCAGCACAACCUGAACUGGGAAAUACAGAAUGUUACCUUGGAGCUCAUUGUCAACAUGUUCAGGGAUGUCAGUGGUCACCUGAACUAUGAACACCGAGUGUUUAACAGUGAAGAGUUCCUGAAGACCAGAGAGCAAGCUGACCUUCCCUUUUACAGAAAGGUCUUGGAGACACACAUCUUUCAUUCAUUCCUGAAGGACCGCCUCAAUAGGAAGAUGGAUGCUUUCACACGCAUGGAGGUCAACACUCGCUCAGAGACACAGAAAAUGAAGGCGAUGACAGACAACCCCAGGAGGCCCACCAUGCAGGAAAUGGCCAGGAAGUAUAGCAGCAACCCAGAGAUCCGUCUGAACAAGAGGCUGGGGAUGAGCCUCCCCAACCUGGGAGAGGAGCGCCAUCUCAACCUCCUCAGACAAACCUCCCUCAAGAAGACCAUUAUCUCUGAAAGUGCCUUCAAGAUCCCGCCCAAGCCUGUGAAGAUCUUCAAGCUGCCAGAAUUUCCUCCUCCCAUGGUGCACCACCAUGUCCAGAAGUACUAUGGAGAGUUGAUCAUACUACUGGGGAAGGCCAUCUCCUGUGUUCCUCCUGAGAACUCCACCCUCUUGGCCAGGUACUUCUACCUGCGCGGCUUCAUGAACACGCUGUGUUCCAAGCGUCUUGACGCCCUCAGUGACUUCCAGAAACUCUACAAGACGGACAUCGAGAUCUUCCCCACCGACCUGGUAAAGGCGCUAGUGGACUCGCUGCAGAAGGACGAGUUCUCUCAGGUGGACCGGCGGCCAGAGCUCAAGCGGCUCAUCUUCAAGGUGAAAGACAACGAGAUGGUGCUGGUCCAAGCUGACGACCAUGUGAAGAAGUUCCAGCUCCCUAAGACCCACAUGCUGCAGGAGGACUUUGUGAAGCGCAUCCAGGAGUCUGGGAUUGUGAAAGACGUCGCUACCAUCCAUAGGCUGUUUGAGGCCCUCACUGUGGGGCAACAGAAGCAGAUUGACCCAGAGGUGUUCCGUGUGUUCUACACCUUCUGGAAGGAGACGGAGGUGGAGGCCCAGGAUGUUCACCUGCCAGCUGAGGUCAUGGAGCACCUGGACAACAACGAGUGUGUCUACAAGCUGUCCUGCUCCGUCAAAACCAACCAGGGAGUGGGUAAGAUCGCCAUGACACAGAAGAGGCUCUUCCUGCUCACUGACGGGAGGCCUGGAUUUAUCGAGAUCACCAAGUUCAGAGACAUAAAGGAGGUGAAAAUCUCCUUUGCUCCUUUCCUGCUGCUGAGGAUCCCGUCUCUGAAGAUCAAGUGCAGUCUGAGGAAGGAGGUGUUUGAGGCCAACCUGAAGUCUGCGUGUGACCUGUGGAAUCUCAUGGUCAGAGAGAUGUGGGCUGGGAGGACGAUGGCAGACGACCACAAGGAUCCUCAGUACAUGCAGCAGGCUUUGACUAACGUCUUGCUCAUGGAUGCUGUGGUUGGCUGCCUUCAGACCCAGAAGGCCAUAUUUGCCGCCUCUAAACUGGCAUACUUUGACAGAGUGAAACAUGAAGUUCCUGUGGUGGUUCCAAAGACAACAUUGGAGACGUUGAAACACAAGAUCAAUCCAUCACUAGACCUCCCAGCCCCACAGACUGUACAUGUCUUACUCUACACACCAGGCCAGUUGAGUUACUCGGAGGCAGACGGAGAUGGGAACCCCAAGUUGUGGUGUGCCCUCAGUGGUGGGAGGGUGGUUGUGUUUGAUGCAGCCAGCUGGUCCAUGCAGCAGAACUGUGUUCAAGUGGGAUCCUCCCAACUGAACUGCAUGCUGGGAUUGGACCAGGAUCAAGUAUGGAUUGGCUCCCAGGAUUCCAUCAUUUACAUAAUUGACACUCGCAGCAUGUCCUGCAAUAAGCAGCUGACAGAGCACAGGCAUGAGGUUAUGGACUUUGCCCUGGAGGAGAGUGACAAGAUGAGACAGACAUACUCCUGUAGUGCCGAUGGAACAGUCAUUCUGUGGGACCUCUCAACGCUAAAAGUGAAAAAGCAGUUUCAACUGACCUGUGAUAGGCUUAUGUCCAUUCAGCUCUUCAAUGGAACACUGUGGUGCUGUGCCAGAGACGGCAUCGUUGAACUGAGGAAGAACGGAACCCCACAUCGUAAGAUGACACUUCCUGAGGAUCUACGGAGCAUGCCCACUGAGCUCAGCAGCCUCGUCCUCUUCUUAGAGAGGGGCCAGUUGUGGACGAGCUGUUCUGAUUCUGACGAGCUCUGUCUCUGGCACUGUAGAGACCUGACCAAGCCUUUCCUGAGGGUGCGGCUACAGAACUGUACAGGGGUCAACUGUAUGAUCAAGGUUAAGAAUCAGAUCUGGGUUGGCUGCAGCGGGCCGAGCCCUGACCAGUGCAGGAUGAGUGGGAAGAUCUACAUAGUGGACACAGAGAGCCACAGUGUAGAGAAGGAGCUGAUGGCCCACACAGACAGUGUCCAGGCACUGUGCUCUGCAGAGGGCCGCUAUGUACUCAGUGGCUCCGCCUGCCAGGAUGGCAAAAUCGCCAUUUGGAAGGUUGAGUAGAGGACGAGUAGCCUGGUCCAGUAUCUGUUUGUGUGGUUUUGACAACUCUUUUAAGUGAAUAAAAUGUUUGGCACAACAAUGACAGGAGUUUCCUAAACAGCAGAAAUAGAUGUGGGACCAGGUUAGAGGAAGAGCCCUGCAGACCCCGAGGAGUCCUACAGGUCUGAAGAGGCUAUAUCCACCUCAAACUCAACUCUGGACCUGGGAGCCAGUUGCACUGCUUUGUUCAUUGUUCCCCUCUAAUCAGGGACUGAUUUAGACCUGGGACUCCAGGUGGGUGAUUCCCCUCUAAUCAGGGACUGAUUUAGACCUGGAACUCCAGGUGGGUGAUUCCCCUCUAAUCAGGGACUGAUUUAGACCUGGGACACCAGGUGGGUGAUUCCCCUCUAAUCAGGGACUGAUUUAGACCUGGGACACCAGGUGGGUGAUUCCCCUCUAAUCAGGGACUGAUUUAGUCCUGGGACUCCAGGUGGGUGAUUCCCCUCUAAUCAGGGACUGAUUUAGACCUGGGACUCCAGGUGUUUGCAAUGAAUUAACAGGUAGAACAGAAAAGCAGCAGGCUCCAGACCUCGUGUGGUCAGAGUUGAAUGUCCCUGCUAUAGACUAUAAAUUGUUCUUAUUUUCCCUGAACACCUCAGAGAGAAGGUGAGCUUCUAAAUGUUUUUUUCAAAGCUUUGUUCUAAAAUGUGCUUUUCCUGGAUUAAAGACUCAAGGUUGGCCAUUUUGUUUUUCACAUCCUUCCACGUCUGUGUCCCAAAUGCCCCAUGCUGCUCCUCCUUGUUGUCUGUCCCCCAACCCCACCACACUGCUCCACCUUGUUGUCUGUCCCCCAACCCCACCACGCUGCUCCACCUUGUUGUCUGUCCCCCAACCCCACCACGCUGCUCCACCUUGUUGUCUGUCCCCCAACCCCACCACGCUGCUCCACCUUGUUGUCUGUCCAACCCCACCACGCUGCUCCACCUUGUUGUCUGUCCAACCCCACCAUGCUGCUCCACCUUGUUGUCUGUCCAACCCCACCACGCUGCUCCACCUUGUUGUCUGUCCUCCAACCUCACCACGCAGCUCCACCUUGUUUUCUGUCAUCCAACCCCACCACGCUGCUCCACCUUGUGGUCUGUCGUCCAACCCCACCACGCUGCUCCACCUUGUGGUCUGUCGUCCAACCCCACCACGCUGCUCCACCUUGUGGUCUGUCGUCCAACCCCACCACGCUGCUCCACCUUGUUGUCUGUCGUCCAACCCCACCACGCUGCUCCACCUUGUGGUCUGCCGUCCAACCCCACCACGCUGCUCCACCUUGUGGUCUGCCGUCCAACCCCACCACGCUGCUCCACCUUGUGGUCUGUCCCCCAACCCCACCACGCUGCUCCACCUUGUUGUCUGUCCCCCAACCCCACCACGCUGCUCCACCUUGUUGUCUGUCCAACCCCACCACGCUGCUCCACCUUGUUGUCUGUCCAACCCCACCACGCUGCUCCACCUUGUUGUCUGUCCAACCCCACCACGCUGCUCCACCUUGUUGUCUGUCCUCCAACCUCACCACGCAGCUCCACCUUGUUUUCUGUCAUCCAACCCCACUACGCUGCUCCACCUUGUGGUCUGUCGUCCAACCCCACCACGCUGCUCCACCUUGUGGUCUGUCGUCCAACCCCACCACGCUGCUCCACCUUGUGGUCUGCCGUCCAACCCCACCACGCUGCUCCACCUUGUAGUCUUCCGUCCAACCCCACCACGCUGCUCCACCUUGUGGUCUGUCCCCCAACCCCACCACGCUGCUCCACCUUGUGGUCUGUCCCCCCCCCCAUCCCACCGUACUCAACAGCACUACCUUGUUCGAAAAUGUGAGGACCUUGCUAUUCGCUAUAUAGUACACUACUUUUGAACAGGGCCCUAUAGAGAAUAGGGUGCCAUUAGGGACGUAGACAAUAUACAGUGGACAUUGAGGCUCAGGGAAUGACAUGAUCAUGAAGAACCCUGUCAUCAUCUGUUCUCUUUAUGUUGGGGUCUGCCUGUAUAUACUGGAUGAUAAUGAUGUAAUAGCAUUUCUCUGUUUCACAAUGUUUUGAUUUUUUUUCACUAAAAAUAUUCUGGAUACACUAAA